UUGUGGUGACCACGCGGCUCUUCUUUCAGUUUGCGCCAAUGUAGCGUGCGGGAUAGAAGUCAAGUGACACUGCAGCUCUCUUGUGGCCGCGCCCAGCAAACAGGGGAUGACUGGCAGUUUAUGACCACAUAUCGUUGCAGAUAUAUAUGCAAGUGGCAAGAACGGAAAGAAGAUGGGAGAUGAAAUAAAGGCCAUUCAACAAGGGACGCAGACAUGUCUUUCCAAACAGUUCGGCCACACCGUUGCCAGCGUACCGAUGUUGGUCGAUUCUGCCAUUGCAAGCAACCACUUGACUGAUGCAAACCUUUUAACUGGUUCUUGUGAUGCCACCGUUACCACAGACCAAAUCAGUCAGAUACCUGUUUGUAAUAGCUGUGUUUCAUAUCCAGCAGCUGAUUCUGAUGGUAGCGUUCUUUUAUGUAAACAUGUGGUUGACCCUAUUGGACAAAGUCCGAGCUUUUCAAGCUGUCACAACAUUGAUACAAAUGUUGAUCAGUCGGGAUACAAGGAAGACGGAGAGAUGGCAAACGAAUAUUACCAACAUGACAAUAUUAAACAUCAAACGCUUCCAGCAACUACGAAAGUGACUGGUCUGGAGACGAGUACAGAUGCUACGAAUGUAAUUGAAGACCAGUCGAUAUCAGAGACAUCAGCGGAGGGUUUCUUUAACAUUGCAUCUGAAACUGAACGCAAGGAAGAGACAAUAAUCAAUUUAAGAAAUGAGUCUAUCCAAUAUGGCCAAGAGGACAACAUUAAACACAAUAUCCUUCCUGUAACUGCGGAGGAGAAAACUGCAAAAAUUAAUACAGCUGAUAGGAAUUUAAACGAAGAAGGUCAGGAAGAGUCACAGGUCGUAACUGUGGAUUUCCAUAACAAUGUAGCGAAGGUGUCAGUUCUUCAAGACUUCGCGGAAGGCAAAACACCGGAGUUGAACGUAAUGUCAGAUGUAUACUACACUACACCAGUGACCUGCACAGCAGUUUGCGAAUCCUUCUACCCGGAAAGCGUCCGUGAAGUGUCUGCCCUCCUCCAACAAGCGCGAUGUUCUUCCCCACCACAGACAUCCCCCCCACAUUCGACGCCUCAACUCGCCGCAGUAGCAGCGUCGAGCAGUCAUUCGUGUGGCAGUCUGUAUGCCCAGUGCGGUGCAAACCACCAUGAACCCGUCAGCCUCAACGAGAUUCUAAUAGAACGUGAACAUCUCCCGUCCUACUAUCGCUACCACCCCAAUGCCAUAGACUACCAGUUUCAGGGUCCUCUGGUAGAGGACGAAGAAGCCCUUUUCAGGGAAUACCAUAAGCAGCAGCAGAGGUUUCUAAUGGGCAACGGUGUAUCGGUAGGGCCCUGUACAGCGACGUCCUCUAAUACAGCAGUUACAGCGGGCAAUUUGCAGGCUGCAGAAAAUGGACAGACCCAGAGGGCCUCUCCCACUGGAGCCUCCCCUGUCUUCAGGAUCUCGCAUCCCGAGGACUACGGUUAUCUCAAGGGCUUGGUUCCGCAGCUCAGAAGGGAAGCCAAGGACUGGGAGGCGAAGUCGGACUCUCUGGAAACAGAAGUACUGGAACUCAGGAGGAAACUCAGAAUGAGAGAACAGGAAGUUAUGCGGCUGCAGCGGGAAGUGCACAAACUCAAGAGUGUACUGCAGCAAGCAACAAGUUUUGCCCAAGAUGGUGACUUGUUGGCAAGUCUGCAGGAUCAGCAUGGAAUGGCUGGUCAAAUGCACCAACAGUUGGUCAGUGCAUCCAGCACAAACAAAAAACAGGGUGUGUCAGGUGAAAGUUCUGAUGCUGGACAGACUGCUGAGGACAUCCAGAUUGUGAGAUUUGACAAGGACUUCCGAUCAAAGCAAUUAAUAAAAGAUGCCAUUAUGGAUAAUGAUUUCUUGAAGAAUCUCGACUCCAGCCAAGUACGGGAACUGGUGGAUUCUAUGUAUCCAUUAGAGUAUGAAAAAGGCAGCUAUGUAAUCCGGGAAGGGGAGGCAGGUUCUCAUUUAUAUGUUUCUGCUGAGGGAGAGUUUGAGGUCAUAAAGGAAGGGAAGGUGCUGGGCAAGAUGGGACCAGGCAAGGCAUUUGGCGAACUUGCCAUUCUGUACAACUGCACCCGUACUGCUUCCAUCAGAGUGGUGUCAGACUCAAAGGUGUGGGUGCUGGACCGCAGGGUUUUCCAGCAGAUUAUGAUGCGCACAGGACUGCAGCGGCUGGAGGACAAUGUCAAUUUCCUCAGCAGUGUCCCUCUGUUACAUAACCUCAGUAAUGAUGUGUUGGCCAAGAUUGCUGAUGUACUAGAAGUGGAAUUUUAUCCUGCUGGUGCUCACAUAAUACGUCAGGGAGCCAAUGGUGACACCUUCUUCAUUAUCAGCAGUGGUAGUGUUAAGGUAACCCAACGAAUCCCAGGUCGUAGGGAAGAAGAGGAAAUCAGGAUACUUGAACGAGGGGACUACUUUGGAGAACAAGCCCUACUUAAAGAAGACUGUCGCACUGCCAGUAUCAUUGCUCUUCCACCUGGUGUUGAGUGCCUUACUCUUGACCGAGAGUCCUUCAUACAGCUAAUUGGGGAUCUCAGUGAGCUCCACGAGAAGGACUAUGGAGAUGAGAGCAGAGGCCUCUCAAGGCCAUCCAGUUCAUUCAGCAUCUACUCUGACAGUGAACAAGAGUACGAUUAUAUCCAUUUGGAAGAUCUGGAUGUGAUAGCAACCCUGGGUGUUGGAGGGUUCGGCAGGGUGGAGCUGGUACAGUACAUGUAUGAUAAGACAAAAACAUUUGCACUCAAGUGCCUCAAGAAGCAGCAUAUUGUUGAUACGCAGCAGCAAGAACAUGUGUACAGCGAGAAGAGCAUCAUGUUGAGCUGCCGCAGCCCCUUCAUCUGCAGGUUAUACCGCACUUUUCGAGAUUCCAAGUAUGUCUACAUGCUUUUGGAGGCAUGUCUUGGGGGAGAGGUGUGGACAAUACUAAGGGACAGAGGGUGUUUUGAUGAUCACACAACCCGCUUUGUAACAGCAUGUGUGAUUGAAGCAUUUGAUUAUCUUCAUGCACGAGGCAUCAUCUACAGAGACCUGAAACCAGAAAACUUGCUUCUAGACACGCAGGGCUAUGUCAAACUGGUUGACUUUGGCUUUUCCAAAAGACUUGGCUUUAGCUCUAAAACAUGGACAUUCUGUGGAACACCCGAGUAUGUUGCACCAGAGAUCAUCCUGAACAAGGGUCAUGACAGGGCUGUGGAUUACUGGUCUCUAGGAGUUCUCAUGCAUGAACUGUUGACCGGAACACCUCCAUUUACUGCAACAGACCCCAUGAAGACAUAUAACAUAAUUCUGAAGGGUAUUGACAUGGUGGACUUCCCCCGCCAUAUUACACGUGCUGCCCAGAGCCUCGUCAAACGGCUAUGUCGUGAUGCUCCUACUGAACGCCUUGGUUAUCAGCGUGGUGGAAUCCAAGACAUUAAAAAACACAAGUGGUUUCAGGGUUUUGAUUGGGAUGGAUUACGACAGAGAACUCUAGUGGGUCCAAUAGUUCAACAAAUUCAUGGUCCAACAGACACUUCUAACUUCGAUUUCUAUCCAAAAGACCAUGACAUACCUCCUGAUGAAUUCUCCAACUGGGACAUGGAUUUCUGAGAUUGCAGCACCAUUGGAGUGACCAGUAACAGUGCUCUGGCAACUAUAUGGUUCAGAUGACUGAUAGGCAGGGCAGGAUCUGUAUUGUCUGCAUUCUGUUGUGUGUUACAGUGUGGUUUUCUUGGCCAUCAACACAACAAUUUUUUUCAAACAAAACCAGUCCAGUAUCACUGUACUGACAUUGGUAUUAUUUAAGCAUCUACUACAUGUUUCAAUCCAUGUUUGGAUCAUCAUCAGGCAGUUUCAUAAGUACAUUGUUUGUUACUGAAUUGUCCUAAUAUAGGUCCAUAUUAGUAUUGAUUUCUCUAUCUUGUCAUAACAUAUGUUGGCAUUCUGAUAUUACAGUUAAUCUUAGGGCUAAAAUUAUUUAAAUUAUUACUUGUGUCUCAUCGAUACAAUGGUUUCCGUGAUGCUGGUAUAUUAGAGGGUGAUAAUGUCUUAGCUAUGUUCUGUUUGAAGUGUGUGUUUAUAUGCUUCCUACUGUUGAACGUUAUUCCUGUUUUGCGGUUCUGUGUGAACAUAACAUAUUGUCAUGUAUUUGGAGUUUGCAUGACAAAUAAUAAUAGGUUCUGGAUUUGAUGAAUGGAUUUAUUGGAACUUCGAUUAAAAUUACAUUCAGUUAUAUCAGCUCGCAAUCAAUCUUGACUGCAGAGACGUCUCUUCCUUCUUCUUCAUGUUCUAUGACUGACUGUAGACAACCUUCAUUGUCCCCUACAGAACAUCAGCAUGGAACAUGCACAGAAAAGACAUUGAGAACACAGUACCAUAGCAAUUCCUCUAUUGUUAUAGAGGUGUAUUUAUGUUGCUGUUGCAUAGAAACAGCAAUUCUUCUAUUGUUGCCAUGAAAAUGUCUUUAGUGACCCAUUGCCUAGCAAUGGAUUAUACGUUACAGUAUAAAAAAACAUUAACAACGAAUCCCAGAGGACAUUAUCACCCUCUACUAUACAACAAGCAUUAACGGAAAUCAACAUCGUAUCAACAAGACACAAGUACUAAUUUAAAUAAUUUUAGCCCUAAGGUUAACUGUAAUAUCAAAAUACCAACACAUAUUAUGACUAGAUAUAUAAAUCAAUGGAUUUUAAAAAUAAUACUAAUAUGCACCCAUAUUAGGACAAUUCAGUAACAAGCGAUGUACGAAGGGGGACCCAAAAAUAACCGGAAACGACCUGUUGCGCGCGCAUGCUUUGUA